UGGCAACUCUGGUUGAAGUAAAGUAGCAGCUGUUUGGAUUGUGGCCCCGAAAACAAAUCUAGUCUGUCGAAAUUGACAAUAGCUUGUAGCAAACUCCAAACAAAAUUCCACGUAAAAGUCCAAAGCCUUAAGUACCGGAUAUAUUUUUCAAGCGCCCGAACAGAAUCCAUCUCCUCCGGCCUUCAACGAAGGUGAGUUUGCCUUGGGAUCGGAUCGGAUCAGAAAUAGCACUGAAUGCCAGCGGAAUCUACGCAUUUGCAGAAGCCUAUGAUAUAAUAAUGUCGCGCUCUUUGAGUCGCGUACUGGGCACCCUCGGCCCCGGAAAUCGCGGGCCCCACAGACUGACGCCCCUGCGCGGACUUUUAUGCGGCCAAGUGAACAGUUGCAGCGCCAGUAGCACCAUCGUCCCGGUGGCCAUGUACUCCAAGCGAAACGGACCUCCCUCGGACGCCGGAGAGCCCUUCAAAACGGUGUCCAAGUCGCGGGAUCUCGACGGAGACGAUGAGCUAAACAGCCUGGAGAGCGAACCCAACUGGGAGUUGACCGCGGCGCGGAGCAACCGCUUCUACCUGCCCAAUGCAACCGGACCUGCCUGGCAAGGCGACACCACCACGGUCGGACUGCUCACUCCGCUCGGCCAGUUGGUUAACUUCCGCAAGGAGGCCAAUGCGGACAAAUCUCGUCUGGAGUUCUCCUGCUGCCAGUGCCCCAUGCUCAUCCGCGAGUCGCUCGUGGAGCUCUUUCCCGUGCGUGUCGUGGCGCAGCGGGAGUCUUCCAUUACCAUGUUGGUCCUCAGCUACGACGGGGACAUAGAAAUGGGCGCCGCUAAGUUUGUUUUGGCCGCUCGGGACAUCAGCGAUCGCCUAUUGUCUCUCGGCUACUGGGCGGACUUCCUCAAUCCAUUUAGCGGACGACCCUACUUCAUGCCGCGGGACGGAGCUAAUCUUUACAAGCAGGACCACCGCUUUCGGGGUCUAAACAUGCGGCUGUCGCAGCAGAACCACUGCACAGUGAUCGCCGCCGAGGAGAACGAUCGCACCCACUUCUCGGGCACCAUCUACUGCACGGCUCCCAAUCACUACGACCAGGUAGUGGAUCUGCUGGUGCCACGGCCGCCAUCCUCGUCGCGAAAGAUGCCAGCCCAAUGACGCCGGACACGGAUGCCACCGAAGUUCGAGCUGCAAGCUCUGGGUCCAUCGAAGAUGACGAAUGUGUUGAAGCCUUUUAGUGAUGAUAACUGUGUUAACUGUUUAGGUUUUCUGUUCCCGACACUGUAUAUAGCCAUAGACAAAUGCUUGUGUUAUAUAUAUGCUGCGAAAUAUAAUCGAUAAGAAUGUUAA